GCAGAGUUGUGGUUGUGGAGGAGCUGCCUGCAUGUGCUCGUGUUGACCUCGCAGCUGAGACACCGUUGGAACAAUGUCAGAUAAAGCUGAGGUGAACCUGAGUGGAGUCAAACAAAGUAAAGGAGUGUGGCUCGUCAAGGUUCCCAAGUAUUUAUCUCAGCAGUGGGGCAAGGCCACAGAUGUUGGAAAGAUUAUCAUUGGAAAGAAACAAGGAAAAACGGAGGUGCGUUUCAGCCUGAGCGCGGAGCUGAGCGCCCUGCAGAGUGCUGUGGGGGAGAAGGAUGGAUCGCUGCUGAUCCCGAGGGAUCAUCCCUUCACCAUGCACCCAGUGGGUGGACAGACCAUGGCUGUUUUCAGCCAGAGCAGCACAGAUGGAAUCAGUGUGGAGGGCAUGGUGGUGCACAGAGCUGAAUGCAGACCAGUCGUCAAUGACAACUACAUGAAGCUGAAGAAGUUGCAGCUCAAAGAGUCCACCAAGCCUCAGCGUUUAUCACAGCAGCUCGAGAAAGCCAUCACCACUGUCUUCAAGCCUGUGGCCAACCACGAUUUCAAUUUGGAGUAUGAGAAGAAGAAGAAGACGGAGGGGAAGAUGGUGAGAGCAGAGCGACAGGUCGUGUUGGACAUGCUCUUCUCCGCCUUCGAGAGGCACCAGUAUUACAACAUUAAGGACCUGGUGGACAUCACCAGACAACCUGUGACGUACCUGAAAGAGAUCAUGAGGGAAAUUGGGACGUACAACAGCAAGGGAGCUCACAAAAGCACCUGGGAGCUGAAGCCGGAGUACCGACACUACCAGUCGGCCGAGGAAGAGGAGACGGAGGCCGCCUAGUUCCAGCAGGAACCUCAGUCUGACCCCACCUGCUAACAGAGGGCGAUGAGGAAUUCAGGGACUUCCAAACGUUAAUCCUCUUUAUUGGAUAUGCAGCUAGAAUGUGUGUUUUGAAGUUUCUUGGGAGUGGAGCAAUCUGUGGCUGUCUGAAGGAAUAAUAUUAGAACGCAGAUAUAAAAUGUGAAGGCAAAAACAGGGACACUUUCCUUUUUCAUAAUGAUGAAUGUUUUUGUGUGUUGUAUAAUUCUAUAGACAUGUUGUGUCUGAACAGGCCGCUGGGUGGACUGUUAUGUUAUAUUUAAUUUGGAUGUGGGAACAUGAAUGUGACUGGAAAUCUGUUCCGUGCUGAACUUUUCUUUUGCUUCCUGAAUAAAUGUCU